AUGGGACAAGGCCAGAUGGCCCCUUACUCGCUGGACUACGUAGCCGUGCAAGCCGCGGUCGUGGCAGUAUAUAGCAUGAUGCAGAGGGGACCCGGGUACGGCAUCUCUCGGGGCGCGAGGAAGUCUGGAGAGCGUCGAGGGGCGUUUUCUGUCCUGCAUCACGUCCCGUCCUUGGCUGAUAGGCAAUGGCUGGACGAGGCCGUCGAGGAUGUGGAAGUUGCUCGCCAACGGUUGGCCUGUGCGCAGAAGAUGCGUGUGGGGAAGCCUCCACACUUUCUUUCCAAAACCAACACCAAGGAGAACCAGUUCGCCCCUCCACAUCACCAACCAACCUCACCACGUAACAACACAGUCGCCAACAUGACUUCUACAAUUGGCAUCCCCAUCAAGCUUCUCAAUGAGGCUCAGGGCCAUAUCGUCACUCUCGAGAUCACCUCCGGCCAGACCUACCGUGGCAAGCUUAUUGAAGCCAUGCUAACCAAUGCGCUUCCCCCAAAAACAGCCGAGGACAACAUGAACGUCCAACUCAAGGACAUCACCGUCACAGCCCGCGACGGGCGCGUCAGCCAUCUCGAACAAGUCUACAUCCGCGGCAGUCAUGUGCGAUUCUUUAUUGUGCCGGAUAUGUUGAGAAACGCCCCCAUGUUCCGCUCCCGCAACGUCCGCGGCCGCGGUGUCGGUCUCGCCCGCGGUCGUGCGACAGUCAGUAGGGCGCGCGCCGGUGGUCGUGGCGGCGCCAGAUAG